GGUCGCCUAUCAAAAAUCAGCGACGGGUGAACAAUAUGAUGGCGUACAGUGUUUAGGCGGGUGAGGUCUCGUGUCGGUGCAGUGAAUUCUCCGAUUUUGUUGCGUUCUGUAUUGUUUUCUCGUAGUGCUCCUAUGAAAUUAUGAUUUGCCAAUAGUGUGCGUCCUGUUUCGCUAAUUUCCAGUUUCUCCUUCCGCGUAAUUUUCGAGUUUUCAGUGAUUUUCCGGGUAAUGUAAACAAGUGUCGUGUGGUUGUCGGGAAACCUGCUUGGAAGUUGCUGUUCCCGGACGAGAUAAGGCAAGCAAAAUAAACAAAACUCAUUCGGAUCUAAUCAAUUCGGCGAUAGCAAAUUGCCUGUGGCGAUAUUUGAGAUUUCGAUUGCAUAUUGAAGCGGUUACACCCUCGAGGCAAGUUCCUUGCGCGACUUGUGAAUCGAUAAAAAGUGCCGUGUUUGAGGUUGAAGGGAAGCGUGCCUGCAGCCUGAAUUACCCAGAGUGCCCUCCGCAGCAACUCGAGUGGAAGCUGAGUGAUUGACGGCGGAUCAUCUGCAGAAGACCAAUUUCAUUUGAAGAGCAUGGAAUGCGAUGCUUGAACGUCUGCGUCUCGGUGGAUUAAGUGGUACAUAUCGGAGCCGAAGUGCAGAACUGGCGCGUGACAAGAAACCACGAACAAUUAGUGUCACUGUAUUGUUCCUUGAUGACAGUACAUACACAUUCCAUAUAGAGAAGCGUGCCAAAGGUGCUGAGCUACUCGAUCAGGUUUUCCAGUACCUUGAGUUAACGGAGAGAGACUACUUCGGUUUACUAUUUCCACAGAAGCCGGGCGAUGUCGUCCGGUGGGUUGACUCGAACAAAUCUUUCAAGAAACAAUGGAGCAAUUUUCGAGAGGCGGAUACAGUUCCGUUGCUUGAGUUUAAAGUUAAGUUCUUUGUAGGUGAUCCGAGUAGACUGCAGGAAGAGUAUACACGAUACCAGUUCUAUCUGCAAAUCAAACGUGAUAUAUUUCAUGGGAAGCUGCCAUGUUCGUUGAACACACAAUGUCUCUUGGCGAGCUAUACGGUGCAAUCCGAAUUGGGUGAUUUUAAUCCAAUUGAACAUCAACCCGGAUAUUUGAGUUCGAUGCAAUUGCUUGCUGAUCAAAAUGAGGAAGCUGAACGUCGCAUAUCGGAACUCCAUAAAUUACAUCGCGGACAACUGCCAGCCGAUGCAGAAUACAAUUACUUAGAGCAUGCUAAACGCUUAGAAUUAUAUGGAAUAGAUUUACAUAAGGCAACUGACUCUGCCGGAAAAGAACUGCAGCUAGGGGUAACGUCCAUAGGGUUACUAGUAUUUCAAUACAGUAUUCGUAUAAAUACAUUUUCCUGGUCCAAAAUGGUUAAGGUUUCAUUUAAGCGAAAAGACUUCUUCAUACAAUUAAGACGAGAGCCGUCCGAGGACUAUGACACAUUACUAGGAUUCUGUAUGGGAUCACAUAAAAAUGCCAAAGCAUUAUGGAAAUCAUGCGUUGAGCAUCAUUCAUUCUUCCGUUUAAAACGGCCACAUAGAUUGUCGAGGUUUUUAAAUCUGUCAUUGGGCUCAAAGUUUUAUUAUUCAGGCCGAACUGAAUUGCAAGCUGUGCAGGAGAGCAAACAACGUGGCAAGAUUGCCAAAGUUUUUGCUAGAUCGCCCAGCAAACGUGUCUUAAGCUCACCCCUAAAUGGUGCAACCACGACGGAGAGUAAUGGGACAUCACUAAAUGGGAAAAAUCAACUUUUGACAAUAACAAAAUCAUGCCGACCACAUGACAAUAAAGUAACAUCAAAGGAGUCAAUUCCUCGUAAGGCAUGGGAGCAACAAAGUGAUGAAGAGGAAGGCUUCAUAGAGCGAUUAGCUCGAAGCUAUGAUUCGCCUGCUCCGCCUGUUUAUAGUUCCGAAACGCACAGUCCAGUUCCGUCCGAUGAUAAUUUAGUCACAAUCCGUCUGAUAGCCGACGAACAAGGACGGUUCGGUUUCAAUGUUAAAGGUGGAAUUGAUCUCAAUCUACCCGUUCAAGUGUCACGAGUAGUUCCUAAUACACCGGCCGAUCGAAGUACGCCAAAGAUUUGUGAAGGUGACCAUGUCAUCAUGAUAAAUGGACGUGAUGUGAACGGAUUACGGCACGAGCAAGUUGUAAGUUUAAUAAGGACGUCGCGAGAAUCCCGUUCCGGCGAACUAGUUUUAGUUGUUAAACCGAAUUCAUCACCUACCCUACCCGAAGAAGAGCCAUUAUAUCAGUAUGUGCCUGAUGAGAAUGAUGAUAUCGUACAACAGCUGUUAGAUGGCGAUGCGUUGUUUACCCAGUCACUUUUACUGCUAAGCGAUGGGUUGGCCUCUGGUGCUUUGCUAAGCCAAUAUGAACAGUUGUACAGGAAAAAUCCAGAUUUAACCAUAACGGAGGCGAAGAAACCAGAAAAUGUACAGAAAAAUCGGUAUCGUGAUAUUUCGCCUUAUGACUGUACUCGUGUUGUACUCGUCAAUUCCGAAUCAGGCGACUACAUCAAUGCCAACUAUGUGAACAUGGAAAUUCCUGGUGGCAUAGUAAAUCGUUACAUUGCCACACAAGGACCUCUAUCAAACACCACCGCCGACUUCUGGCGCAUGGUGCAACAGGAAAGCAGUCAUUUAAUUGUUAUGCUAACAACUGUAAUGGAAGCAGGUCGCCAAAAAUGUCAUCAAUAUUGGCCAGUAACUGGCGAAGAACUGAAACUAGGUGAUGGAUUCUCUGUGAAAUGUUUGAGUGAGAAAGCCGAUGAAACGGGCAGCUUUGUAUUUCGUGAAUUCAUUUUAAGCGAUAAGAAAACAGGCGAACAACGUUCCAUCCAACAUAUGCAAUAUUUGGCGUGGCCAGAUCAUUGUGUGCCGUCCGAUCCAAAUUUAUUUUUAGAAUUCACUGAGCGUGUACGUGCCGCACGCAAUAAAACUUUGCUUCAGGAGAUUGAGGAGAGCUUGAAACAAGUUCGACUAUUAGAUGCUGAUGCUGAUGGAGUUGACGAACUGGGCCUGGGUGAAAGGAAGUGUAUUGUUAGCGAUGGAGAGAGCCCAGAGGAUGAAAUCCCUACAAGUGUUCAUCAAUGUAUAAGUGCAGCUAAUCCACCCGUGAUAGUUCAUUGCUCAGCUGGAAUUGGUCGAACUGGUGUUUUAAUUCUAAUGGAUACAGCAUUGGCUUUGAUGGAAGCCAAGGAGCCUGUUUAUCCGUUAUACAUAGUUCAAACGAUGCGUGAUCAACGUGCUUGCAUGGUUCAAAAUGUUAGUCAAUAUCGGUUCGUAUGUGAGUGCAUUUGUGCAGCUUACCUUAAAAUGACGAAGAGUGCAUCUACAGACGGAUAGUAUCGUUUCUAAUAAACUUUGCAGAGCUCUGCAGAACUUCUACUUGUAUAUGUUUGAUAAAUUGUUAGAAAAAUAUUUUUUUAAGGCCAAUCAGAAGAACCAUUUUCAAUUAAAAUUGUGUACAAUUGCUAUGUUCUCGUGGUGUUAAUUUAUUCAUUUCUCAUCGUAGACGAUAGUGGCUACACGAAAUUGUAAUUAUUCUUGACAUUUCUUAAAGUGCAUUGAUUGUAUUGAAUAAUUUGAAACCAACUUCAACGGUAAAGCAUUUUAAAUUUGCACAAUCAAAUCUUUGGGAUAUUAAUCUUAAGGCGUUAAUCAUUAAAAAGUAGGUUCAAAUAUUUUGACGAUAUUCUGAUUGAUUUAAACUACUGAAACGCUAUUCCAGGUAGUGAACGACGGAGUAGCGUUGGCGAACUCGCGCUUCUAUAUCCGACUAAGUAAAAAGCCUCAAAUAUUGUCCAUAGAACUUAAUAUUUUGUAAUCAUUCCAAUCACAAUUCUACUCAUUGCUAUAUUUCUAACAGUAACUUGUAAUACGAUUAAGCAUCUCAACACAUAUUUAUCCUUCAUUCACUUCAGUAUAGACAUUGACACGAUCGUAAUGCAGCUUUCAUUUUGGCAACACAAGUAAUAUUCUACGCAAUAUCCUUUAUCUUUGCUAACGUAUUUAUUAAGACACGCGGAGGGUGGAGUUUCUUCUUACUUCUUACUAUUUGUAGCGUUUUUUCUGUAACAACCUAUUGGUAUGUAUUACUGCAACACUGGCAACAAUUGAUACAGGAAUUAUCUUCGUCCGUUCUAUAUAUUUCGAUGAGUGACUUUUAUCUUUACGAUGGAUAUUCAGAAAUGUAUUUUAGGAUUUCGUAAACAUAUAAUGGCAGGAAUACAAUGUAAAGAUUAUAAGAAUAAUUUUAAAUAGAAAUUUGGCAAUGAACAUAUUAUUGACAUAGUAUUUAUAAAUAAAUGUAUACAAAAUUUUGUACAGGAA